AGUGAACUUGAGAGUCAUGUUGUUGUUCUCAGUUCUUCAAAUUGACAGCUCAUAUUUUUUUAUGGCGAAGUAUUGUAGCAGGUUUUGUCUAAAUAGUAGUUAAGAAGACUAGAAUCACAUUUUGGAGUCUUGUCUUCACAUUGACGCUUAAUUUCUGUGAGGUUUCUCACAGGUUUUCAGACAAAUUCAAGCAUAAGCUGAAACUCUACAUGCGUAAGUAUAGUACAACUGUGCCUGUGGAGAAAAAAACAUGGCUUCCAUGUCAGUCUCAGAGGAUGAUUUAUCGUGUCCUGUUUGCUGCGAAAACUUCAAAGAACCCGUUAUUCUGACAUAUUCUCACAGCAUCUGUAAAGUGUGUCUAGAGACCUUUUGGGAAUCCAAAGGAUUCAGGGAAUGUCCAGUCUGCAGGAGAAGGUCCUCAAGAGAUAUGCCUACAUGUAACCUGCUUCUAAAGAACCUGUGUGAGACUUUCCCAGAGGACAGAAGUCAGACAAAUCCAUUCUGCAGUCUGCACCAUUCAGAACUCAAGCUCUUCUGUGAAGAUGACAAACAGCUUGUGUGCCUGGUGUGUCGAGAAUCAAAACUCCAUAAAGACCACAACUUCAGUCCCCCCAGUGAAGCAGCACUUGAGCGCAAGGAAGAACUAAAGGUCAAACUGAGGCCUUUACAGCAAAAGUUGGAUACAUCUGAAACCACCUGUGAUGAAACUGCUCGACACAGACGAGUUCAGGAGCAAGAGAGGCAGAUCAAAAAGGAGUUUGAGAAGCUUCACCAGUUUCUACAAGAUGAAGAGGCAGCCAGGAUAGCUGCACUGAGGGAGGAAGAGGAGCAGAAGAGUCAUAUGAUGGAGAAGAUUGACGGUGGCACAUCAUCAGGGGUCAUUGGGGACCAGUUCAAGCUUGCAGCAGAUUCCUGGACUUGUGGCUCCUGCCUCCUGCACAACUCUGCAGCAGUCACCAAAUGUGUAACUUGCCAGACCCCCAAACCUGACACUUUCUCAUCUUCCUCAUCGUCAUCCUCCACUAAAUUGGACAGUAACCCCACAGCAGUUUCUAUAGGAACCACCAGCAGUACCUCUAGCACAUCCAGUGGAUCCAAAUUUGGUGGAACCCUCUCAGACGCCUCUAGCACCCCCUCUGGUUCAUUCAAAUUGGGAACCCUCUCUAACACCCCCUCUGGUUCAUUCAAAUUGGGAACCCUCUCUAACACCCCCUCUGGUUCAUUCAAAUUGGGAACCCUCUCAGACGCCUCUAGCACCCCCUCUGGGGCAAUCAAAUUGGGAACCCUCUCUAGCACCCCCUCUGGUUCAUUCAAAUUGGGAACCCUCUCUAACACCCCCUCUGGUUCAUUCAAAUUGGGAACCCUCUCAGACGCCUCUAGCACCCCCUCUGGGGCAAUCAAAUUGGGAACCCUCUCUAGCACCCCCUCUGGUUCAUUCAAAUUGGGAACCCUCUCUAACACCCCCUCUGGUUCAUUCAAAUUGGGAACCCUCUCUAACACUCCCUCUUUUUCAUUCAAAUUGAGAACCCUCUCAGACGCCUCUAGCGCCCCCUGUGGUGGUCUCACGUUUGGAGGCGCAUCGGCUGACUCUAGCAGGGGUUUGAAGUUUGGAGGUGCCUCUGACCCCUUGUUCUCUGGAAGUUUUAAUUUUGGCAGCCUGGUCAUUCGGGAUCAGAAAGGAAAAGGUAGUUGGGAAUGUGCUGUGUGCUGUGUGCAGAACAAUGCUAAAGACCUACAGUGUGUGGCCUGUGGUAAACUCAAGAUUAGAUGCUCAUCCUCGGAGUCCACCAGGGGUUUCAAGUUUGGAGUUGCCUCUGCCCCCUCAUCCUCAAGAGGUUUUGAUUUUGGCAGCUGGGAAUGUGCUGUGUGCAGUGUGCAGAACAAGGCUAAAGACCUACAGUGUGUGGCCUGCCAGAGCAACAAGCCUGCAGCCAGACCUGAGCCUGAAGGUAGGACAAUGUCCAUGUUUUCUGAUUCUUCUGGAGGUUUCAAAUUUGGCUCCAGUAGUACCUCUAUGGUCUCCAGUGGAUUCAAGUUUGGUGGAACCCUCUCAGACUCCUCUAGCGCCCCCUUUGGUGGAUUCAAAUUUGGAGGUGCAUCGUCAGACUCCAGCAGGGGUGUCAAGUUAGGAGCAACAACUGGUUCCUCCAUGUUCUCCAAAUCAUCUGCAGGAUUCAAAUUUGGUGAACCCCUCUCAAACCCCUCUAGCACCCCCUCUAGUGGCUUCAAAUUUGGUGGUACCCUAUUUGACCCUUCUAGCGCCGCCUCUGGUGGCUACAGGUUUGGAGGUGCGUCGGACUCCACCACAGGUUUCAAGUUUGAGGGUGACUCUAAGGCACUGGCAGAUCUGGGCAUGGGGGUCAUGGGUCACCGCCCAAGGCGUUGGCACAUACGCAGAAAAUGAAAUAAAAUUGAUUAUAAUGAUGUGGCACAGUUCAUCACUCUUCCAGGUCCUGAACACCAACCCUCAUGAUCACACAUCUGAAGGUCACUAUGAACUCAGUCUAAACACAAGUCUUACCUGAUAUGGUGGACUGUUAAAGUCUAUUUGCUGAAUCUUCUGUGUGGCAGAGCAUCUUAGGAAAUCUCAAUUUUCAUCUCUGUCUGGUUCUCCUUUUGUAGCCUUUGGUAAACCUGUUCCCUGUG